AUUUUUACAUUUUAAUAUUGUCUUUGUAAAAUCUAAUACAAAGUUAAAAACUAACUCUAGGAACCUCGUUGAAGGAAUAUCUGUCACAUCGGCGCAGUUUAGAUGUAACUCCUUGUCGCUUCCGGUGGAGAAACAAAACUGCCAUGACACCAACGUGACGUCCCGUUGGCCUCACGCGCUCGUUCUGCGGUCAGCUGUAACCUUGGCGUGCACGAGUGUGUUUGUCCCUGCAGAGGAGUCAUAGAGGAGGGGGACUGAACAUGUCGGUCCUCUGUCGCGGGUUGAGCUCUUCAUCAGUGAAGAUCCUGACAGAAGCCACACUUUUGCCACCUUGCCCGUGGUUCAUGUCUGCACGCAGCAAAUUCAGCAAGGCAAGAGUCCCGCAAGAGCUUUUUGUCGAGCGAUCAAAAGAACACGAGAAAUAUGGGGGAGAUCCAGACCAGCCUCAUAAACUGCAUAUAGUGACACGAGUCAAAAGUGUGAUGCGAAGACCGUACUGGGAGAAAGAGAUGGUGAAAUACCUCGGGCUUGAAAAGGGUCACACACCUGUAAUACACAAAAAUACACCUGCGGUCAAUAACCAACUGAAAUUUGUAAAGCACCUGGUAAGGAUCCAGCCGCUGAAGACUCCCUAUGGACUUCCUGCUGAAGAGGACAUGGCGGACUCCUACAUUAACAGCAAGGGAGAGUUGAUUGUUCGCCGCCUCCUCCAACCUGUAGACCCCAAGGCUAUCGACUCGUAGCUCCACUUUCAAUCAUAUUAACUGAUAGUCCCAUUGUUCAGAAAUGGAAGUGGAAGAUCCUGCGCUCCUUAGCUUCUGUGUUAGUUAUCCAGACACGUUGGUUUUUUUUCUGCCCAUCAGUCACAAAAUCGACAAAUAGUCUGUUUUCCAUGAUAAACAGGUGAUGAUUCAGUUUUUUAUUAAACAUGGCUUAUGAUAACAUAAAAUAAAGACCUUAUGAAAUUA